AGUCCUACUAAAAUGAUUUCCAAGAGCAGUACGUAGUCACAGGUGGAAAGCGGAGGCAAGUGUUGUGUACUGAGUUGUUAACGUAAUAUGGCAAGGAUGGAGUUGCCAGUUCUCGACAAGUUCUGCUUUAUAUUCGACCUGAAGACUGGAUGCAUUACGAUGGGCAUCAUAAAUUCCGUUCUAACGUUUACGUUGGCCAUAAUUCUGAUCACCUUCGCUGUCGAUAUAAAAGGAGCUACGGAGGCGCAGUUGAAACGGGACGAUGGCGACACCACCAUGUCUUCCGUUGUGUACACCAUUGUGGUUUUGCUUGUAAUACUUCUCUUCAUAAAGUUCGUGCUUGACCUUGUUUUUGUCUACGCCGUUUACAAGGAAAAAUGUGGUCUUAUGAAAAAAUAUUGCAUCUUUUGGAUCGUGUUUCUGGUACUGUUCAUCAUAGGAUUCCUUAAAAGUCUGUUCCAUAUGGACGCUGGACAUGUAAUUGCUCAGAUACUUUUCUUGGGUAAGUUAUAUAAUAUAUGUAUUAUUGUGUCUGCUAGGUCUGAAGGACCAAUUGUUAAUGAUCAUGAGCUUGUUUUAUGA